AUGACAAGAUCAUCGAACCAAAUGUAUGGAUAAAUAAAUCUCCAAAAUCUGAUAGUGAUAAUAAAUAUUACUAAUUAUAUGAGAGAGAAUUUUAAAACAGAAAUUAGCGAAACCUUUACUAAGAGAUAAGAGACCUAUUCUUUACAAUAAUUAGGUCAAUCUAGCAUCUUUCUUGAGGAUUAAAAAAUGUCUUUUAAACAAUCAAUAUUCCUUCGAAAUAGUUAUAAUCAAGUCUAAGUUCCUUAUUCACAUACUCUAAUCUUACCGAAACCUGAUUAUUACAUUCAGAAAGAAGAAAAUAACUUGAUUAUUUCUGGAAAAACAUAUUUAACAAAAGCUAUGGAACAUAGAUAUUUGAAAAUUUCCUGUCUAAAUGUUGUUGGUCCAUUGCUAUGUUUCAUUUAAUGUUCUAGUGAAUUUUAAGUAUUGAUCUCCUAAGUUCACCCUUUCCCAACCAAUCAUAAUUGCGAAUAAGUCAUUAAUAAUAGAGGAUUUCAAAUGUCAGUAACAGCAGGUGAAUUUAUUUACAUUUCUUUUAUCUCCAGAAAAGACUCAGAAGUCACUUUCAACAUUCAAUCUAAAAUCUAAAAAGAAGAAAAUUAUAGAGUGAAAACAUUAUAAGACAAUCCAACUAAUGACAAUCUCCACUCUACUAAUUCUCGAUCCUUUCAAUACAUAAUCAAUACUAAUAAAGAAUAAGCAAGAAUUAAAAAAAAUAAAUACAAUGAUGAAAUUUCAAGAUCUGAAAGAUUUCUAAAAGUAUUGUCCACUAGAAAUUUUUAAAAGUAGUCUCAAAAUUAAGCUAUUAUUUAAAAAAAGUUUGAUAUUAAGGCAAAAUAAUUGUCCAACCAAGAAAAAAUACUACAAAGAAAACUUAACCUUGUUUUGAGGUAGAAGUUCUUUUUUGAACACCAAUGGGCAAUCCUACUCUAAGUAAUUAAAUUGGGUAAAAUGAUAGCAAAUAUUUAUUACCACAAAAAACGAGUCAUUAAAAAAUAUAGAUUGGCUGCCUUCAAAAUUAAGUUUAUAUUGAUAGUCCUAAGAAAAUAAUUAGCUGAAACUAAAGGCUUAACUCUAAACACAAGAAUUACAGUUGAUGCUAUCAUUGCUAUGAGGAUGAGAGCCAAAAUUGUUAGUAAGAUGGUAAGAAUCAAGUAAGGACAAUUCUUACUCCCAUAUUUUAGACAAAGAGCCAUAAUCUACGACAUUAAGGUUAGGAUGCUUGAAAAAGCUAAUAAGAUAUUGAUAAUUAAAAAAUAUGUCUUGAUAUUUGAAGCUAAUUAUUUGCAAUAUAAGAAGGAAAUGAUAGCAAAAUGGGAAAAAACAAAUGAGAAGAUUAGGGAGUAAGAAAUUAAAGAGAAGUAACCUGCAUAACGAAAUAAGGCUAUUGUAAUGUGGUUUCAAGUGAUGAAAGAUAAAGACUUUGCUUAAUAAAUGAGAAAUUGUUUCAUUUUUGAAUUAAUGAGAGAUAGAAUUAGGAUUCAUUUGCAGGAUUAAUAUAUAAUAAGGAAAUUCAAAUUUGAUUUAAAAUACUAUAAAUAGAAAUUACGCAUAUGCAGAGAUCCAUCUGAAGCCAUCUCGUACAGAUAAGAAAUUCAUUAUAUCACAAAUGAAAUCUAUGCCAUGCAUAUGAAAAAUUAAUUGUUUAUGCAUGUCGAUGUCGAGAAGUACUUUUAGGGAUUGGUAAGCAAGUAUAUUGUUUUGGUGGAUGAGACAGAGAAUCUACCGUAGGAAAUUCAAAUAUCGUAAAGAAGUAAGCAAAGACAAUCAAGGAUUUCAUUAAGGAAAGGAAUGAGAAAAUCGAAAAUUUGA